GGCUUAAUGGAGUGCCGCUCUCUGUUAAGUCAAGUGAUGAAAUGGUAGAAUUUAUAACCAGCAGCGUCGAAAGUAAGUUAAUGCAAUCAGUUGUAAUUUUAACACUUCUUCGUUAAGACGUGAAGGGAUUUGUGUUUCGAUCGGUUAAAUAGAAAAAAUAUUGAAUAAAUGUCCAUAGUGUUAUAAAAUGGCUGUACGACAUAAUGCUAGGCUCUGUUUGUGGAUUCUAAGCUUAAUUUGGUGUUGUAACCUGUGCUGUAGUGCCGUGUUUUUUCCAACCAAUUCUGCAUAUGGUAUUUUUGCUGCCAUUGCGGUGCCGCUGGAGCUGCCACAUCGCAACGUCUUCAUCUCUUAUAAUUUUGAGGCGAACUACAAUUUGCCAUACACGUGGGACUUGCCACCAAUAGCGAAUGGUCUCGAAGAUGAAGAUCUUUUGGUUCAAGCUAGAGACUUUCGGCAUAUGAAUCAGACGGACGGUUGUACUAACUGUACGUUGGAAAUUGAAAAUGAAAUAACAACAACAACGCCUACUCUGAAUACAACGAGUCACGUUAGAGAAGAACCUGCCACAAGAAGACGCCGACAGCCGAAAAGUGUGGUAAAUUCAUUGUUGACGCGCACACACUUCUACCACAUACUUAUGGACAAAUUCAAAAGAAGCGGCUACAAUGCUGAACCCUGUUUGUUGCGUUUGAUUUGUGAAACGAAUUCUUCCGGCCUUGGUGAGGUGAACGGUGUUCUCGGCUCAUUAGUUCAUAUCAUUUUUUCCUUCUGCUUCGCUAUGACUUUCAGCCCGAGCACAUCUGCGCAUGAGAAUCUUCCACUCUCCUACUAUCAAGCCGAAGUAGAUGGUUCGGAUGGAUUUUGUGAGGAUUAUGUAGCCGAUUGCCAGGAAAACCCUUUGGAUUUAAUCUCUGCGCCGCUUGGCGAUAUUAUCGAUGAUUUAAUGAAUAGUAAAUAAAUGAAAUAAAAAUUAACAAAUAUCUACA